AUGAUAGUUGUUCAACAAUUCAAAAUUCAUCAUCAAAAAUUACCAUUAGAAAAAUAUCUUGUAUUCUAUUCAACAUCAAGCGAUGCUUUAGCUUUUCGUGAAGUUUAUAAUAUAUUAUUAACAUUAAAAUAUACAGAUAAUAAUUGGAUAAAAACAAUUCGUUAUGUUCUAAAAAGAAACGUUGCUACUCGAGUAGAAAAAGUAGCAAAGAAAGAAGAAGAUUCAGAAAUUGAAUCGUUGAAAUCUUGUUAA